AUGGCAGAGAAGAAACAAAAGCAAAUCAGCAUGGUGGCAAGUGCAAUUGCUCUUCGGAGUGUCCGCCUUUUCCUUAAUGCUGGUAAAGCAGCAGUGGAGCGGAAAUCACUGCCAGCACCGCCUAAACGCCGCACCAAGACCGUGGUACCGAUAAAUAAGAUACCACAGCAAGCUCUCGACGUUCUUCUGAGAACGACGAGGUUUAGCAAGAAUGAAUUAGAAGCACUAUACACAAUGUACCGAAAACUGGUGGUGGAUGCUCAAGCGGCUGCUACGCCUACCAUCAUCGGACAACCUAUUCCAAAGAUAGAUGGCAUAGAUCAGAACACAUUCCGUGACGUCAUGCAUAACACCUUUGAUUUAGUGACUGAAGAAGUAGUCCUAGACCGAAUAUGGAGUUCCUGGGAUCGAGGGGUCAAUGGCGGAGAGGGGGCCUUAAAGUUUGAGUCCUGGGCCAAGGGGUUAAGUGUGUUGUUACGGGGCAGUAACGACGAGAAACGGACAUACUGCUUCGGUGUAUAUGACCUAAAUUCGGAUGGUUACAUAACUAGGGAUGAAAUGUUUUUGUUACUCAAAAAUUCCUUAUUGAAACAACCAGGAGAUGAAGACCCCGACGAAGGUGUGCGUGAUUUAGUUGAACUAGUUCUUAGGAAAAUGGAUAUGGAUAAGGAUGGAAAAGUCUCUAUUGACGAUUACAGAGAAGCAGUUCAUCAAGAGCCUUUGCUUUUAGAAGCUUUUGGGCAAUGUGUGCCGACAAGACGUCAUGCAGCGACGUUCCUUAAAACACUUUGUACAAAGUUAUCAACGUAG